CAUAAUAGAUUGUAGCGGGAGCAAGAAAGAAAGAAAGAAAAGGGGGAAGUAUCCCCAAGUAUUAACUCCAAUAGAACAUCACAGAUUUUUGCCCUAUGGAUUCAUCGCAGAAUUCGGGGACGACGUCGGCUGGGACGGUUACUGCGGUCGGUGGAACUGCCGCCAAUGGGACUCUCGUUCCCCAAACUAGCGAUACCUCCACCACAAACGGGAUGGAGACGACCUCCAAUGACCCUAAGCAGAAUCUCAAUCAUGUCAUCCAAUCCAUACAGAAGACGCUUGGCCUCAUCCAUCAGCUCUACCUUACAGUCUCUUCUUUCAACGUUGCUUCUCAACUCCCUCUCCUUCAGCGCCUAAAUUCUCUGGUUUUGGAACUUGACAAUAUGACAAAAAUGGCGGAAAAAUGUAACAUCCAGAUCCCGACGGAGGUCCUCAAUUUAAUUGACGAUGGGAAGAAUCCGGAUGUCUUCACGAGGGAUAUCUUAAACAAUUGUAUUGCCAAAAACCAGACAACUAAAGGCAAAACGGAUUCCUUUAAGGCACUGAGGAGGCAUCUUCUAGAGGAACUUGAUCAAGCAUUUCCGGAUGAUGUGGAAGCCUAUAGAGAAAUUCGAAUGGCUUCUGCUGCUGAGACUAAACGGCUUGCCCAAGCACAGAACACAAUACCCAAUGGUGAUGUAAAAGUCAAGUCUGAGCUUUAAGACUUCCUGUUUAUCUCUGGACCAGGUUUUAAUUGGUGAAUUGUAAUUUUCUGAUGGUUUUAUGUGCCAUUACAUAGAGUUCAAGUAUAGCUGCUCCCAUCUAGUAAUGCUCUUCUGACUUCUGGUAAUGUAUUAGAGAUAUUAAAGUUUCUUCACUGUACUGGAUAAGGAAGUAUAAUUGAUAUUUUCAUGAAUUUAAUGUUGAAAUAAUUGUUAAUG